GGAACGGGAAUGGGGACCGAUGAUCCAAGACCAGAAAUGGAGUAGUAAUUAUAGCCAGUUCUACUAGCCAAAAAAAAACUAAAGUUAAUGUUUUUAAAUUCCAAAAUAUUGUUCAUCAGAGAGUUGCCAGAGUAACAUGAGAUGCCGUUCCAAAUCAGAUACGACAGAUGGGCGCCAGUGGCCCACGGUCCCCGAGUAGGAUUUAAACGUAAGUGACCCCAAAAAGGGCCCCCAAAAGGGACAAGCAGGCGGACAAUUAAAAGCUAAGAGAAACCCCAAAUAAAAAUUCACAGUAUUCCGAUACACAGAUCGGAGAUAGUUCUAUGUUGUGUGUGUCCUUAACCCACGUUUUCAGCGAACCGAAGCCAUCAUGUUCAUGUACGUGCCCAGUUCAGUGCCGUUGGUGGCCACGACGAGAGGACGGCCCUCCGCCACAAUGCGGCGACCCUCGGCUGUGAUGCGCCGCCAGCAGCGCAUCGAGCUGGACCACAUCAAGCGAUACCGCCAGCGGCUCGAGCGGUCCGUCAGCCUAGUGGACAACCGGUCACCCCUUCUGCCCGCCAAGCAGAUGGCCGGCUUCGACGCCCUGCCCAGGGACGCCCGCACCUUCCUGCGCCGAACCAACGAGAACGUUCGGAUGCUGCUCAACCUGUCCCGAAUCAAGCGCAGCUUUGGAACCAUCAUGCCGAUGGACCCAGGCCCGUCAGCAACCUCCCGCUCGGCCUUGGCCCAGAUGCAGCGUCGUGUGGAGGAGGUGGAGCGGGAGAACCUUCAGCUGGGGCGACGCCUUCUCAACAUCCAGCAGCAGCAGCGCACGGACAGGGAGCGCCUUGUUCCCAGCGGCACCUCCUACACCGCCUCCGGCAGCCGACUGUUGGAUCGAUCUGCCAAGCCGCUCCUGAGCCUCUCGCAGCUAAAUAGCAUCUUCGACAAGUACAUAGGAUGGGACCUGGAUAUCCCCUCCGACAGCUAUGAGCUGACUCGACUUCUGCGACCGCGGAUCAGCCUGCACUUUGGAAUGAUGGAUGGUCGGCCGCUGGGUCAGGUGGUGGUCCAGCUAUACACGGAAGCUGCACCGCUGGUGGUGCUCCAGUUCGUCCGCACCUGCCUCAGCCAUCGUCCGCAUGAGUUCUCCGUGCGUCGGAUCUUUCCGAACCUAUGGCUGGAGGGCUACCUUCUGAUGGCCGCCAAGAACAGUCCUCCGCAACCUGACGAUCCACCGCUGCUCAGCGAUCCCAUGGAGUUCGACUCUCGAGUGGUGAGCCACGACCGGCACGGCUUCAUUCUGUCCUGCGCUAAGGAGUACUGCGUCCACGGCUUUCCCGGCGCCGCUGUCAACUUCAGCAUCAGCUUCAAGCCUCUCACGGGCGCCAGAGGUCUGAGGGUUGGCUUCGGACGAGUGGUGCGUGGCGACAAGGUCAUCGAGUGUAUGCAGAGGCAUGGAACCAAGAACGGAAAGAUCAUCAAGCCACUGGUCAUCACCCACUGCGACGUGCUCUAGGUGGUUGCAAGCCUGGUCACACUAAUGUUGGUAGAUUUAAGUGUCACGAUUUCAUCUGCGAGCCUGGUCACAGUAGCUAAGAAAAAUUAGUGUAACCAUACUCGCGAAUGAAUAAUGCCUUAGGAAAGGUCACACUAUUUUUGUGUGAUCCUAUUUUUAUACAAACUAUAUUAGGGGGGACCGUAUUUUUUUUUAAUGAAAAUAAUUAGUGUGACCGUAUUUUUAUAGAUAAUAAAUUAGUGUGACCAGGUCUGCACAACGAAAAAGUGUGACCAGGUACACUAAAAAUUUAGUGUGACCAUAUUUUUAUGAAAUAAAAAUUAGUGUGACCGUAUUUUUUAGAUACAAAAUUAGUGUGACCAGGUUUGCAUAACAAAAAAGUGUGACCAGGCUCUCAUAACAAAAAAGUAUGACCGUAUUUUCCCCGAAAUCGACAUUUUAAAACAAAAAAAAGAGCGUCCGGUUCCUUAACAAUUUUUAUUAAGCUUAAAUAUAAAAAAAAUCUUACAACUAAAAAAAACCUAUUAAAAAACUUAUUCCACCGAUGUCGACGUUUUUCCAACGAAAAUGGGCUAGGGGACCUUUGCAAUCGCCUAAAAUACAAAUAAAGAGAAUUAGUUUU